GCGAAAUGGCUAAGAUACCAAGUUCAUCGAAGCUCUAUGUGGUGGUGAUGCUUCUCUCAUUCUUGGCGCUUUCCAUUAUCACCCAUGCUCGAACCUUUUCUCCAGAUGGGAAGUUCUUUCAAGAUUCACCGGCCCAAUCCUACGAGGGUCCUUCGUACGCUCCAGUUCCUCCGAGCUGCUUCAAUCCACCUGGCUGCGGUCAAACGGAUAAGAGGAGAAAACGAUUUCGCCAUGAAAGUUUUAAUUUGGCCACAUGAAUCUGGAGAGUGAAAAAUGCUUGCUCGCUGAUAUUUGUGGUGCUUUUUCAUUUGGUCUUGGUUAUAUAUAAAUACAUAUAUGGAAUGUUUGUGAGAUCUAUGUUAUAAUAUGUUGCAGUUUUACCCUGGAUUAGGGAAUAUAUGAUUCGAAUUGUGCGAUUUCAAUUACUGGUAAGUUUUUUCUUUUUUGAACUGAGGCUUAAUUACUGGUAAGUUGGCAACCACUAUAUACGUGUCGUAGUUUAUUUAUGAAAAAUGAAAUUUCUGUUA